AUGCGAAUUCCAGUGCUUCAAUUUGGGACUCGAAGCCAUCUCGUGCUUGCGAGAGGGACCCGGCCAUUCUCCACUACGUGCCCAGCACAGAAGCCAAAGAAUCGCGUCUACCCCUCCAGGAUCCGAAAUGAGGAUGAGCUACAGACCCUGCUCUUGACCUCUGCCAGCACUCGUGUGCCAUUGAUCACACUGUGGAUGACGACUUGGAACCGCGACUGCGACGCGGUGUCACCAAUCAUCAAAGAGCUCAUUGAAGACGAUGGCGUAGGCGAAGAGCAAGGGAGCGUGUCUUUCGUGGAGGUCGAGAUGGACUCUCCAGAUCUAGGCGGACCUGCUGGCAUUGCUCAACGCUACAUGAUCAACAAGAUCCCGACGCUGCUGGCAUUCGACAGGCAGGAGCCUCAGCUGGAGACCAAGGUCACAAAGUUGGAGGAUAUGAAGAAGGAGUUUCUCACGAAAUGGAUUGAGACUGAAGCAGCACGUCGUGGUGAAGGUGGAGCCGGAGGUGGAGGAGGUUUGGUAGGCUUAUUCAGGAGCAUUUUUGGUCGCUCUUGA